AUGGCCGCCGCCUUUGUGCGCGUUUCAGGCCCAGCUAAUGGAAAUUUCUUGAUAGGAUACCCCGGGAUAUCUGCGACGAUGCCCAGAGUCGAAGGUAAGGUCGAGAUUCGGCCCAGCGUGGGCAUUUCCGCGCCAGUCAAUAUCUCCCUCGUGACCAUUUCCCUCAUCCGCCGCGAAACUAUACACCCGUCAGCCGACUCCGUCACCAAGAAGCGCCUUGCUCCACCUCGCAAGGAGAUCACCGAUAUCGUGGGCAAAGAGAUGCUGUUAUUUCGCUGCCCAGCUGGCCGGGAAUAUGAGGAGGUUAUUGCGAUGGACUUGCCAUUUGUUCUCUUCAUUCCCUUUGGCCGUGGUGGUCGCGAUUCCUCUCGCCGAGUACCGCCAGCGAGCUUACAGCUACCCAGUCGCACCGCCGAAACAUAUUUCGAAAUGGUGGUGACUGUUCAGCAGGGCCACUCGGAGCAGCGAAAGUAUACAUUUCCCGUGCCCCUUGCGCGUUACGAUACGCUGUCCACGUUUGGCAUGUAUAAUCGCCCGGAAUCGGCGGAGCGCGUAUCCGAUCACCUGGUCACACUCGCAAUUUCUUUGCCACGCUGGUCUUAUGGUCCCCUGGACCCUGUAAGCGUGUAUGUCAAACUUUCCCCCAAUCAAGAUUGGAUGAGCAAGGCCCGUAAGGUGUCCAUCAGUAAGAUUACAAUUGGUAUCGACGAGGAAAUUAUCUACAAUCACGAGGGCGACGAGCCCCAGCGCAAGGUCAAGACUUUAGCCAGGAAGACUGAAAAUGUCGGUGUUAAGCUACCCCAGUCGGGAUAUCUCACAAACAUGGGGUUGGUAUUUCCUGCAAAGGACAUGCGAGAUUCAGAAGGGAUUCUACCGCGAAGUCGUGCGGGGUUCCCAAUGUACGGUGUUAAUGGGUUCACAACAACCGCAAGUCUCUAUAAAAUUGAGUAUUAUCUCACGGUCAAGGUAAUUUGCACAUUUUACUUGGAACAGCUCCGGCCUACGACUAACCACGCACAGGCUCAUCUGACAUCCGCAAGAGAUAUUAUCAUCCGCCAACCGAUCGUAGUCUGCCCACUCGACCAUGCCGGCUGCAAAGAAGAAAUGGAAGCGAUUGAACAGGCCGCUCGCGACGCGGCCCAUGUGAAUCCCGACAACCCGAUGUUGCCAUUGCCGUCGAUUGUACGAGCCAGCGACCCCAAUGCCCUCAGCCAUAUUGGCGUCGCCAUGGUCGGCAAUCAGAAGAAAUUGCUGAUUGACUGA